AUGUAUACUCUGAAAUCUGGUGUUGUAGCUCUUGUCCUUCUUGGACAGGGUGUCGCUGCCCAGAAUUACCAAAAUUCCUCUUCUUCAUCAUGGGACCACUCUCUCUACACCAGCAGCCCGGCAAACACAACUGGUAUUGGUUGGGAAGAAGCUCUCCAAAAGGCCAAGCAAUGGGUUUCGCAGUUGACUCUGGAAGAGAAAGUCGGUGUGCUCACUGGAGAGCCAAACGGGCCAUGCAUUGACGGCCCUUUGGCCAUCAGACAAGCAACAUUUGCUUCGGUCUUCCCGGCGGGUGUCGCAGCUGCUUCUUCGUGGGAUCGUGAUUUGAUUCGCCAAAGAGGCGAGUAUAUGGGAACCGAGUUCAGAGGAAAGGGAUCGCAUGUAGCCUUGGGCCCUGUGGUAAGAAAGCCGACGGUCUCAGUUGGUAUUGUGCUAAUUUCUCACAGGNCUGGACCACUUGGAAGAUCAGCCGAUGCUGGCCGUGGGUGGGAGGGGUUCUCACCAGACCCAUACCUUACUGGUGUGGCCAUGGAGGAGACUAUUGAAGCUAUCCAAGAGGCUGGUGUUCAAGCUUGUGCAAAGCACUUCAUCGGCAACGAGCAGGAGACUCAGAGAAAUCCUGGACCUUCGCCCACAAACAAGACCAUCGAAGCUGUCUCCGCAAAUAUCGAUGACAGAACCAUGCACGAGCUUUACAUGUGGCCAUUUGCUAAUGCUGUCAAGGCUGGAGUUUCUUCCAUGAUGAACAGCAAGGCCAUCAAUGGCCUCCUCAAGGAAGAGCUCGGCUUUCAAGGAUAUGUCAUGUCUGACUGGGGGGCAACCCAUGGAGGUGUCGCUAAUGCCGAAGCUGGUAUGGAUAUGGACAUGCCUGGUACCAUCGCUUUCUUCCAAGCCGGAUCCUCUUACUGGGGACAGAAUCUUACCAACGCUGUCAACAAUGGUACCGUUCCCGAGUCGAGAAUCGACGACGCCGCCCACAGAAUCAUGACACCUUACUUCUUCUUGGGACAGGACCAGGACUACCCUUUGAUCGACCCCAGCAGUGGUGAUAUCAACAUUCUUGGAAUCAAGCCUUACCUCGACACCUUCCAGUAUGGUGAGGCAAAUGUCGAUGUUCGCGGUAAUCAUGCAGACCUCAUCAGAAAGCUGGGAUCCGCUGGUACUAUUCUUUUGAAGAACACAAAUAAUGCCUUGCCUCUUAACAAGCCCAAAAACAUUGCCGUGUUCGGUAAUGAUGCCAGUGACCCAGAAAAUGGUCUCUACUCGUUGUCUCUAGUGGGCAAUGGCGAUUAUGAAUAUGGCCAUCUUCCANGCGGCGGGUCGGGUACUGGUCGUUUGACCUAUCUGUCAACUCCUCUGGACGCUCUGAAGGCUCGUACCAAGCAGGAUGGCACUCUCUUGCAGUGGAACAUGAACAACACCGCCUUGACGGACCCUACUCCGGGAGCUGCUUUCGGCGCAAUCUUCCCUCGCCCUGACACCUGCAUCGUUCUCAUCAAGACAUGGGCUGCAGAAGGCACCGACAAGGUGAACCUGCUUCCUGACUGGCAGGGUAAUGACGUUGUGACGGCAGUUGCAAACUACUGCAACAACACCAUUGUCGUGACCCACACCUCGGGCCCUAUUGUCAUGCCCUGGGCUGAUCACCCUAAUGUCACCGCAAUCCUCGCGGCGCACUUCCCCGGAGAGCAAUCAGGUAACAGCUUGGUCGAUGUCUUGUACGGCGACUAUAACCCUAGUGGAAAACUUCCCUACACUGUCGCCUACAACGAGUCCGACUAUGCUUUCGCUCGCGUCGUCAAUUCUACCGAGUUGAAGCUCACUGAGGACCCCAAUGCCUGGCAAGCAGACUUUGAGGAAGGCCUUCUUAUUGACUACCGCCACUACGACUACUACAACCUCUCUGUGCAGUACGAAUUUGGUUAUGGGCUCUCGUACACCAAUUUCUCCAUGUCGGAAGUCAAUGUCAAGCGUCUCGCUCCCCAGAACCUGACUGCUCGCCCCGCACUUGCUAGCACUAUGCCUGGUGGCAACCCCACUCUCUACGAUACCAUCUACGAAAUCACUGUCAAGGUCAAGAACACUGGCUCGAUUGCUGGUGACGCCAUUCCCCAACUCUACCUCUCUCAGCCCGUCGAUGCCUCUUUCGGCCGCACUCCCAUUCAGGUCCUCAGAGGUUUCGACAAGGUUGCUCUCGGUGCUGGCCAGACCAGAACCGUCACUUUCCCUCUCAUGAGAAGAGAUUUGAGUUUCUGGGAUGCCAUACAGCAGCAGUGGAUCAUUCCAUCUGGUCAAUUUGGUGUUAGAGCCGGAUUCAGCAGCAGAGAUAUCCAAGUCACUUCUGGCUUCAGCGUCUUGUAG